AUGGAAGAAAGUGGGAGAAUUGGAGGAGGAUCUCAAGCAGUGAUAAAUCUCGAACCUGGAUCUUCGGUGCCGAUUUCGUAUCACCCAUGUUUUGGUCCUCACGAAGAUCUACUUCUUCUUGAAGCUGAUGAUAAUCUCGUCUCAGAUAUCUUCAAUGGAAGAGUAACAUUGAGGGGACUUCCUGAUGAAGAUGCUGUUCUAUGUACCAAAUCCAAGACUUAUGCUAUCAAAUUUGUUGGUAAUUCUAAUUCCAUGUUCCUUAUUCCUCCAUCGAUUUGCCUCGGAGUUUCCGAUACUGAAAACAACGAUAAACCGCUUGUAUCGGUUAUCAAAAUCGCUCCCGGUAACAUGGAGCUUGUCGAGGUAUCUCCUAGGCUUGACAAACUCAAGAAGCUUCUCUUGGAAAAUCCUUUUUGUGCUGGUGAAGUAGAAGAAGCCAUGAUUGAUGAUGAUGAUGGAAAGAGAGAUUUACCGUUGUUGUAUACGUGGAGCGAUUUGGUUAACACGAUUCAAGCUAGCGAUGAGGAAUUACGCGAUGGAUUGAAGUGUCUUUCUGCUAUCGAGAUUGAUGGUUAUUGGAGGGUUAUAGAUGAGAAUUACCUUGACAUGAUUCUGAGAAUGCUUCUUCAUAAUUGUGUACUGAAAGAUUGGUCAUUUGAUGAUCUUGAUGAAGAUGAAGUUGUGGAUGCUUUAGUAGCUGAUGAAUUCCCUAGUAAACUCGCGAGUCAUUGCUUACGCGUGUUUGGCUCUAAGGUAAAGGAAACUAAUAAGUGGAAGUUAGAACCGAGGCUCGUUUGCUUGCAUUUUGCUAGACAGAUACUGAGAGAAGAGAAGAUGAAACUUGAGAGUUUCAUGGAAGAGUGGAAGAAGAAGAUACCAGAAGGAAUGGAAGAAAGAUUCGAGAUGCUCGAAGGAGAGGUUUUAACAGAGAAAAUCGGGAUCGAGACACGGGUUUAUACAUUCAGCGUACGUUCUCUACCAUCAACUCCAGCAGAACGAUUCUCUACGCUCUUUAAGCAUAGACCGAAAUGGGAAUGGAAAGACUUGGAGCCUUAUUUAAGGUAA